AUGAACUUGCCGCCCGACAAGGCCAGGUUGCUGCGGCAGUACGACAACGAGAAGAAGUGGGAGCUCAUCUGCGACCAGGAGAGAUUCCAAGUGAAAAACCCGCCACAUACCUACAUCCAAAAACUCAAGGGCUAUCUGGACCCCGCGGUGACCAGGAAGAAAUUCAGAAGACGAGUCCAAGAAUCUACUCAAGUGCUCCGAGAACUGGAAAUUUCCUUAAGAACAAAUCACAUCGGAUGGGUCAGGGAGUUCUUGAACGAAGAAAACAAGGGCCUGGAUGUUCUGGUGGAAUAUCUGUCGUUUGCACAGUAUGCGGUCACUUUUGACUUCGAGAGUUUGGAGAACAAUGUGGAAAACUCGAUGGACAAGUCCAAACCGUGGAGCCGGUCCAUCGAGGACCUGCACAGAGGAAGCAAUUUGCCCUCGCCGGUUGGCAACAGCAUCUCCCGCUCCGGCCGACACUCCACCUUGCGGUAUAAUACCUUGCCAAGCCGAAGAACGCUAAAAAACUCCAGAUUAGUGAGUAAAAAAGACGACGUUCAUGUCUGCAUCAUGUGUUUACGUGCCAUAAUGAAUUACCAGUAUGGAUUCAAUAUGGUCAUGUCACAUCCACAUGCCGUUAACGAAAUUGCACUAAGUUUGAACAACAAGAAUCCCAGGACCAAAGCCCUCGUUCUGGAGCUGCUGGCCGCCGUGUGCCUGGUCCGAGGAGGGCACGAGAUCAUCCUCUCGGCGUUCGAUAACUUCAAGGAGGUCUGUGGGGAGAAGCAGCGCUUCGAGAAGCUGAUGGAGCACUUCCGAAAUGAGGACAACAACAUCGACUUUAUGGUGGCCUGCAUGCAGUUCAUCAACAUCGUUGUCCACUCCGUGGAAGACAUGAACUUCAGAGUCCACCUGCAGUACGAGUUUACAAAGCUGGGCCUGGAUGAGUACCUGGACAAACUGAAGCACACCGAGAGCGACAAGCUGCAGGUGCAAAUUCAGGCCUACCUGGAUAAUGUUUUUGAUGUGGGAGCUUUGCUGGAGGAUGCUGAAACCAAGAACGCUGCCUUGGAAAGAGUUGAAGAACUGGAAGAAAAUAUUUCUCAUUUAUCUGAAAAACUCCAAGAUACGGAGAAUGAAGCAAUGGCAAAGAUUGUGGAACUGGAAAAACAGCUCAUGCAGAGAAACAAAGAACUGGAUGUGAUUCGGGAAAUCUACAAAGACGCAAACACCCAGGUUCAUACACUGAGAAAAAUGGUCAAAGAAAAAGAGGAAGCCAUCCAGCGACAGUCAACGCUGGAGAAGAAGAUCCACGAGCUGGAGAAGCAGGGGACCAUUAAAAUCCAGAAGAAGGGUGACGGGGACAUCUCCAUUCUCCCUGUGGCUCUGGCCUCCGGCGCGUUGCCGGCAGGGUCGGAAGCCGUGGCUGGCGCCGGUGCUGGAGCCGGCGCUGGAGCUGCUCCGUCGGUGCCGUUGCCGCCACCUCCGCCACCUCUGCCGGUGUCAGCAGCAGCGCCCGAGGCAGUCAUCCCAUUCCAGCACAGGCCACCCGGGCAUCCCGUCACCUGCACCGACCCGUUCUCGUCGGCUCCCCCCUUGCCAGGAACCUCCCCCACGGUGGUUUUCAACUCAGGACUUGCAGAUGGGCCCAUCAAGCUCUUCUCUGUGAAAAUCAAGAAGCCCAUCAAGACCAAGUUCCGCAUGCCCGUCUUCAACUGGGUUGCGCUCAAGCCCAACCAGAUCAACACCGAGUGCAUCGUCUCCUUCUCUUCCUAGGACCUAAAUGUGGAUGAAUUUGAAGAAAUAUUCAAAACAAAAGCCCAAGGGCCGGCCAUUGAUCUUACUUCAAGCAAGCAAAAGAUAACACAGAAAGGGUCGAACAAAGUCACGUUACUGGAUGCCAACCGGGCCAAAAAUCUUGCCAUUACGUUAAGGAAAGCUGGAAAGACAGCAGAUGAAAUAUGCAAAGCUAUUCACGUGUUUGACCUGAAAACGCUGCCGGUGGAUUUUGUGGAGUGCCUGAUGCGGUUCCUGCCCACCGAGAACGAGGUGAAGGUGCUGCGGCUCUACGAGCGGGAGCGGAAGCCCAUCGAGAACCUGUCCGACGAGGACCGCUUCAUGAUGCAGUUCAGCAAGAUCGAGAGGCUCAUGCAGAAGAUGACCAUCAUGGCCUUCAUAGGCAACUUUGCCGAAAGCAUCCAGAUGCUGACGCCCCAACUUCACGCAAUAAUAGCUGCGUCUGUCUCAAUAAAGUCAUCCCAAAAGCUUAAGAAAAUCCUGGAGAUAAUCCUGGCCCUGGGUAACUACAUGAACAGCAGUAAGCGAGGAGCUGUCUAUGGGUUCAAGCUGCAGAGCCUGGACCUGCUCCUGGACUCAAUCUGGCAAAAAAGAGAGACCUUGUCCCUGGAAAACGUCCUGCUGGACGUGAAGGAGCUGCAGAGAGGCCUGGACCUGACGAAGCGGGAGUACACCAUGCACGACCACAACACGAUGCUGAAGGAGUUCAUUCAGAACAACGAGGGAAAGCUAAAGAAACUGCAGGACGAUGCAAAAAUAGCCCAGGAUGCCUUCGACGACGCUGUGAAAUACUUCGGGGAGAAUCCCAAGACGACCCCCCCCUCGGUGUUUUUCCCGGUGUUUGUCCGGUUUGUGAAAGCCUACAAGGUAAGUGCAGACACCUCGG